GAACCACAAAAUCCCUACCUUUGCUUAUUGAACCCGACCCGCAUCAUUUCAUCAAUGAAUCGCCGAUGAUCUCCUCCGAUCUCCUCACCUCGACUCCCCAAAAACGAUGAAUUCCUUCUCCAAUGGACUUCAACCAGAACGACCACAUCACCAUCGAUCUGGAUUCAGCUUCAUCAGCAGCGCCGCCUCCGGCGGAUUCGGAGGAGAAGGAGAUGAUCGUCAUCGGAUCCGAUAACCCGAAGAUCAUAGAGUGGGAGGAGUUACAGCAGGAGCUCGCUCGUCUCUGGAGCCUCUCAUCUGCACUUAACAAGGCUAAGGAGAAGAAGGAGGAACUCUCCGAGAGGAUCGAGGCUAUUAUCAAGCAGGUAAGGGAAGAAUAUCUUCGUCAGUCCAAUGAGCUGGAGGACAUGAGAGAAAAGCUUGAGGCCAGAAAACUCACACUGGGGAACUUGUCAAUGUACACAAAGAGAACAUUAGAGGAUGUUGGAAGCCAAAGGGAGCAACUUUGCACUAAAACCAGAAUGCUAUUAGUUGCUGGCAAAACCCUUUCUGCAGCACACCAACAAUUACAGGAAGCUAAUAAGUUGCUCACUGGAAAAAGGGGUCACGGAAAUCUCAAGAAGCUGCAGAAGAUGCUUCGGAGUAGACAACAAUAUAUGAUAACUCAAGUUUCUACACUUUAUCCUGUGAAAGCUUUACAUGAAUCUAAAGAGAAGAUUGAUUCACGUCGUGGUAGCAACAAGUCGAGAGAUUCAGCAGGUUCAUCUCUCCCAAAUAUGUCUAAACCUGAGCAAGUAUCACCUCUAACCAUUUCAGGCCUCCAGCUAACUGCAAUUCCUCUUAAGAAAAUGAGUUUUUUCAGCAAUAAAAUGGACAUACAGAGAUCUGCAACAGUUCUUGGUUAUAUCGCCCAUGCAGUCUUUCUAAUUGCAUCUUACCUAGAUGUUCCUCUACGAUACCCUCUGCGCUUGGGAGGUUCACGUUCAUACAUACUUGAUCACGGAUCCUCAGUUGAGUCUGCGUCAUCUGACUUGAUGGCACAUUCAAUCAUAGGAGUGAAUACAAAGUCUACAGAAUUCCCCCUCUUUCUAGAAGGCCAGGAUGCUACUAGAGCAGCGUAUGCACUUUUUUUGCUAAAUAAGGAUUUGGAGCAACUUCUGAAUUACAUUGGUGCUGAAAGUUUGGGACCUCGACAUUGUUUAGCAAAUUUGAAGGAACUUACUAGAAUUAUUCAGUCCCAGGAGUACAUUGAUGGUUAAAUCAAAUGGUUCAUAUUAAUGAAAGAUGAAGUUCUGCUCGCUUCCAUACCUUUCCUCUCUUUUCUUUGUUGUCCAAUUUUUUUUUCUUCUGUUUUCCUGCUGUGUUAUCAUGGUGCAUGUUUUUGUCAAGCACCAUUGUGAAAAGCUCUGUAAGACUGUAAGUAGUCGAAUGUCCGAGAAAACAUAUAUGUUGGAAUUAGAAAAUAUAUAUCUUUAUUUA